UGAUACUUGGAGAGAGAGAGAGGAGGCUGGGAUUUCUCUUAAAACACUCCCUUCAUCUUCCAGCCCCAUUUUUUUUAUUUGUGCACUUGUUCCUCCCACGGUGUCUUCGCUGUUUUGUUUUUCUCUUUCUGUUUGGUGGGCGCUGUGUACAGAUAGGCUACAAACCUGCUCCCUUUAUUUCGCCUUAAAGGAAACAGAAAGUUGGGCUUCGCCUUCGACGCGUCCUGCUCCAGGUUUGAUUAUUCACACAGAGCGUGUCGGUGUUGUGGGUGAAACUUCGCCUCCUGCCGUGGGGAAAGCGUCGGGCUGCCGCCGCUCCCAUGCUUCCAGUUCAACUGUGGAAAGCUUGUGAAGAAAGGAGAAAAGCAAACAUCCACAUGAGAGCGCACUCUGGAAAGUAUUUGCCGCCCGCCUUCUAGUGGCCGGCCAGGCCGUUUUCGAUGGACCAGGUAUGACUGUCAUCCUCCCCAAAAACCCAACUCUCCACCGGCUUCCUCUUCAUUCAGAUCAGCGAGCUUGAGCUAGACCCGGCACGCUCCAGAUGGACGAGCCUGAAGGCCAGCGGUUGAGGCUUUCCACCGAUGACCUUACAUCACUGACUUCUUCCUUGGCUGAGCCGAUCAACCUAGAAGACUCCCACUAUGCUCAGCUGCGAGUUGAUCUUGAGCGAGACAGCCGCGGCCUGGAGGCGGAGUCCUGGAGCGUGGCUGUGGACCAGAACUACCUGAUGUCCCUGAACAAAGAAGCUGUCAAAAGGCAGGACGUCAUCUACGAGUUGAUCCAGACUGAGAUGCACCACGUGCGGGUCAUAAAGAUCCUCUUCCACAUCUACGGGUACGAGCUGAAGCAGUCUCAACUCGUAGACGAAGCCUGGAUGGAGAAGCUCUUCCCUGGCGUGGAGGUUCUGCUCAGCCUCCACCAGCACUUCCUCAACUCCCUCAAAUACCGCCAGAUGGAGAGCCAGGACGAGGAAAACCCCAAUAACUACUACAUCACACAGCUGGGGGAUAUCCUCAUCAAUCAGUUUUCAGGUAAUCUGGGAGAACAGAUGAUGGAGGCUUACAGCUAUUUUUGCAGCCAUCACAGCGAAGUGGUCCAGUUCUACAAAGAGCAGACACAGAACAACAAGAAGCUGCAGAUUCUGAUUAGAAAAGUCGAUCAGCUGCCUCUGGUGCGAAGAUUAACCGUUCCUGAAUGUUUCCUGCUGGUGACCCAACGCAUCACUAAAUAUCCCGUUCUGUUGGAACGGAUCAUCCAGAACACGGACGCCGACACAGAGGAGUGUAGGAGUCUAGAGAAGGCUCUGGAGCUGAUCAAGAGCACCCUCUCCUACGUGAACUCCUAUGUGAGGGAGUGUGAGAAGGCCGCUCGCAUCAGAGAGAUCAGCUAUCGGCUGGAGAUGAAGGGUCCGAUCGAGGUCGAUAAAGGCCGGUGGUUCCGCAAAGAGGAACUGAUCCAGGGCAACAAGACGCUGCUGCAUGAUGGAGCCCUCACCUGGAAGUCCUCUGGCAAGCAGAAAGAAAUCUAUGCUGUGCUGGUGUCCGACAUGCUCCUCCUGUUACAAGAGAAGGAUCAGAAGUUUGUGUUUUCCUCCCUGGAUGCCAACCCACCAGUGAUCCACCUGCAGAGAGUCAUUGUCAGGGAAAUGGCCCACGAGGAAAAAGGCAUGUUCAUUAUCUGCGCAUGUGCCUCCGGCUUGGGAAAAAUGUAUGAGCUCCACUCAAGCUCCGUGGAGGAGUGCCAAACCUGGAUGAACCUCAUACGUGACGCUGUAAACAGUUCCAGAGAAAAUGAAAUCCACAGCAAAUUGAUUGCUAAACUGCAACAUUUUCAAGAUUUGCUGCAGCAGCGAGACGAACAGAUAAAGCAAAGUCUGGAAGAGAAGCAGCAGAUCUUUGCUGCACUUUAUAAUGAUGUGGUGGGUGAGGAAAACCCUUACAAAGGGCUGCUACUGCGGGGCGAUGCUUCUGACCUCCAGCAGGGGGAGGCCUUGCUGACUGGAGCCAUUGACGAGGUGGAAAAGUUACAGAACCUGCUCUUUAUGAGUCUCAAACAUCCAGACGUUCCUGUGGAAGAGGAGGAGGAGGAAGAGGAGGAGACUGAGAUGCAGCAAAUGUCAUCAGAUGACGAUUCCGUUGAGGUGGCAGAAAGCAUACCCAGCAGCUGUGACCACCUGCUCAAGAAAAUGUCCAUCUCUGAAGACCUGGAAGAGUCUGCAGUUGAUGGAAGUGAAAUCCACCCGAAUCUAAACUGUGGUUCAAGCUCCAGUGAUUUGCUUUGGACGCAGGUGCUCCACAGUGUUCAGAGUCUCACACAGAAGCUCAACAGCUUACAAGCAGUCAUCCCUCAGCAGGACAGCAAGAUUCAGCUCCAGAAGGCCUUCCAGUCGAAGAGCAAGCUGCCCGUCCGCAGCAACAGCAGCGUGCUGCUGGAGCAGGAGAAGUUGCGCAACUUGGAGAAGCAAAAGGAGGAGCUGGCUAAGCUGAAAAAGCAGCAGGCGCAGCAUCAAGCGGAGCUGCAGCGCUGGGAAAAAGACAAGGAGACGCGGCGGCUGGAGUUUCAGGGUCAGGAAGCUCAACUGAUGCAGCGGCAGGAGGAGUGCAGGAAGCAGGAGGAGAAGCUGAAUGAGCUUUGGGAAAGUUACCAACGGGACUUGGAGAGGCUAAGGGAGACGACACAGAAAUUGGACAAGGAAAAGGAGCUGGUCAAUCGGGAAAAGGAACGUUUAGAUAAGCUUAGGUUUAUGUCCAUCAGUAAUUAUGACGAUCCAACACAGUCUCCCACGCUCUCCGCUUUCCCAUCGUUCAGGAGCAGCAUAGUAAACGGAGGCGGGACUCUGACCCAACGUUCGAGUACCAUUUCUCUGACCGGUAGCUUUCUGGAUCCAGGAGACGCGCCCCCAAAGGUUCCACCCCGGAGGCAGAGCAUCAGCCCCCAGUCGCAGAGGCAGAAGAUGCCCGUCAAGUUGAUCAGCUCCACCAGCCACGUGCAGAGACCGGCCGAGGUGCAGCAGAAGAUCCCCAAGAAGCUGGCUGCGGAGCCCAAAGGAAAGGAGAAAACCCUAAAGUCGAAGCGGAACCACAAGAGAGCACACAGUGCAGCCAAUAUAGACGUAAGUCAAGUGGUGCCGAUCCGAGUGACGGGGAAAGACGGGGGCAGUCUGUCAUCGCGAAUGGCCAAUGCUCCAAGAAAGGUCCUGAGUUCAGAAACCUUCUCGCAGCCGGGACCCCGGCCAAACGUGAAACCGUCUCAGUCGUUCAUGGUCCCAAAGUGGAACGACUGCAGCCCCCUCCCUCCGCCUCCCCCUCCCUUUCCAAAAGACAUCGUUAAAAGCGACCAGGACAAGAUGACCGUCCUGUAACGGAGAGCUGCAGGAGUCCCUCUCAGCAGGUCGCCCCACAGCGCACGACUACAGGAGCACAUUUUUUUAAUCAAAAAUCCUUGAAGAAUUGCACAUUUUUUUUCCAGAGAUUCUCUGGGGACAAAAAAAAAAAAAGUUUGGCCUUUUGUAAUUAUGAAAAGAAUCUAUUUUAAAAGGAUUAUUUUUAGCACACAGAGACUCUUCCCCCUCCAAAGAUGUUUGGUUUUUAUUUUAAAUGAAAGCAGGUUUUCAUUGACUGUUCAGCACUCGCCUCUUCGGGGGUUUAAAAAGUUUACGUCUGUAAAUAUAAAGAGGCCUUCGGUCCGAUCUUCAGAUCUCUGUUGUGCUUCCGUGUACGAACCAGCCAGUCCUGCUCGUCAGUGGAAACGACCGAUCCGUGUAGAUGGAAGCAGACUGAGUGUCCACGCAGUAUUGACCGGGAUAUUUGGGGGUUUUAUUUUUGUGUCCGCAGUUAUUAGGCAGCGAAACGCAAGAAACCUCAACCGGCUUCAUGUAAAAAAUACUCCACAAAGCUCAACUGAACAGACAUGCAAUUAAAAUGAUUUAAACCAAGAACU